GAUUCACGAAUUGGGGUAACGUAACGUUUCUGACGUCUAGGAGCAAACCGUUGGAUAACCGGAUUACCGUAUAUUGCCUGGUUCGUUCAGCUGUUCAUACUUGUUCGUUCAACCCGACAGUGAAGACCAAAUAGAGAAAUGUUUGGAGGGGGUGGUGGAUUCGGCGGAGGUGGAGGGGGAUACGGUGAUGGAAUGGGAGGAGGAGGAUUUCAGCAAGGUGGAUUCUCAUCACCAUCAGCUGGAGGAGAUAAAACCAAGAAAUUUCGUUCACAAAAUAUAGUUCCAUUAUCAACAUCAGAUAUAGCUUCUCUCACACAUGAUGGGAACGGAUUCUUCCUGGAAGAUUUGGAAGUUGGCCAGGUUACUAUUCUCGGAACAAUCACACACGCAGAUAAAAGUCAAACGAGUGUUACUUAUACCAUUGAUGACACAACUGCAGCUCCUGUCAGCUUAAAACACUGGUAUGCCGUGGAAGGAGGGGAAGAGGGUGAGGCAGAGGAACAAGUCACAUACAGUGAAGGAACUUACGUCAGAGUUUAUGCUCAGAUAAGAAGCUUCCAGAAUAAAAUAAGUUUGUCAGCGUUAAAGAUCAAACCAAUAGAAGAUAUGAAUGAACUGACGAGCCACAUUCUUGAAUGUAUCAAAUUUAGAAUGAUGAUCAGCAAGAGGAAGAAAACUGGAGGAGAUUUCGGUGGUGGUGCGAAUAUGGGAGGUGGAUUCACGAAUGAAGCAGCUGGAUCUUCCAUAACUAAUAUGGGUAUUGACAAAGUGCAAAGUCAGGUUUUUGAAAUGAUCAAAGAAUGUACGGAUGAGACUGGUGUCAGUGUCAACGAUUUAAAACAAAAUUUGAAAGGACUAAACAUUACACAAAUCAGGAAUGCUCUGGAAUUUCUCAGCAAUGAAGGUCACGUAUAUUCAACCAUAGAUGACGAACAUUUCAAAUCAACAGGAUAAUUUUGAUCAUUCAUCAAGAUCUUUUGUCAAGAAUACUGACUGCCUUAAUUGUCACCCUCCACUGCCAUAAUAAUAUUGUGCUAUUGUGUAUAUAUGGGAAAGACCUAAGGUUCAGCAUUGGGCAUAGAGACAACUUUAGACCCUGCUUCAGUGAUGAAUCGUUCCCUAACUUUUUGCUUUUUGUAAUUCUUGAAUUAAAACAUUUCAACCAUGUUUGGGUGUGUUACAAAA